CAUGCAAGAAGCAUGUUUGUGGUGGUGUUUCAGUGAAUUGGGAAUGUUUUCAUCGUGCUUUAAUUACUGUUGUGGUGUUUGUAUUCAAAACUUUUUUCCCGAAAAACUGGAUGUCAUGUAAAUUACGGCUUCACAAAUAGUGAAUAGAGUUUGUCAGUUGAGACCAUUUUUGUUUGUAGUUGCAAGUUUACCUUUGCGUUUGUUACCUAGGUUGUGCUGUGAGUGGUUUAUAACACCUGAACGGAAUGACAAAUCCUGUUAUCUGUGGAAAAGUAUGACCUUUGACACAGUUAUCGUAUGAAGUGUGAACUUAUUUGUUGUGAUCAUAACACUGCCUGAAGCCUGUCAAACAUUAAUGCAGUCUACAUUACAGGUGCGAGGUAUUGUUGAAUGACAGCAGAAUGUCGCCCUUCCAUCUGCAUUUAGAAUCUGGAGCUACAAAACCUGGAUCACGCGCCACGGGACUCCCAAGUGCUCUCCCUCAAGAAGAGAGGGGAAACGCAAACAGUUCCUCAUGAAACAAAAGAAGUUCCCCUUCUUAGCGUAGCGCAGGAACAAACCGAGAGUUCAAAAAGUAGACCAGCCUGCUUGCUGUUGUAGAACUGACAUUGGCUCCCCUGUCUACAUGUUCUUGGAAAUAAGGACCGACUGCGUUUUCGAAGACUGAAAAAUCGCGGUAUUCUUCAGGUGUUUUUUUUUAUUUCGCUGUUAUGUGAGUUUCAGAAUACGGUGCUUUUGAGCCCUGAGGUAAACCUUUGAAGAUCUGUGAAAGUUAAUUGAUUCGGUAAGGUUUUGUGAUAAUCGCUUUUGUUUCACGUGUGGGAUUCUUGGUUUUGUAUUAGCUGCACGUUCCAGUAUGACUGUGAUUUAAUUUUGAAAUUGAAUUUUGACAUUUCAUCCCUCUGAUACUUCAAUCUCCUUCAAUUUUGUAAUGCGGCUUGCAGUAUUUUGUUGUUUUUUUCUGCUUUUAUUGUUGAAGGGAAUAGCUUUCACUUCUGAAUAAUGAAAGGAGUACUUCUGAUGAAGAUAGCGUUUUUAUGUCAGUGGUUAAUGCUCUCUACUUUAACGUGUGUUCCAGUGUAUUUGUAAUCGGUCAUAUAGCUUAGUAGUUCACGGGAAAACCGCAUUGAGAACGAAAGAAAUGGAGCACAGAGAACUUUGCAAAAAUAUUAGAUGAUUGCUUAGUACUUAAAACUACAUUUCCUAUUGCACAAGAUACAGCGUUUCAGAAAACGUCGGAUGUAACAUGCACAGUAUAUUGAUAAAUAUCGGGAACUGAUGUUUUUAUACAAGGAAUACUACCAGUAUACCAGACUAGACCAUAUACCAUAGUCAUGGCAUUAGCUAAAGUUAAAGUGAAAAGGUGAAAGGUUACAGUGGACAUUUGAAAGUGACCUUGUAAGCACAUUAUUCAUCUUGAGCUACCUCGUUGAUUGUGUAGCCUAGUGAUGACCGUGUAAUGUUAAGCUGUAUCUUUGAAUGCGAGUGUAAUACCUAUUCUUUGUUCAUAUUCUAGCAUAAAUCAAUGCGAUUAUUAGCAAGGGCAAUACGUUUUAGACCUCUUUUCGUGACGAAUAAGCAGAUUUUAAAAAUUGUUCAUGCGCACGAGAACAUUGCUUUGGUUGCAGUAAGGUGAAGGCCAUUCAAAUCAGUGUUUAUAGUGCAAAGGGCAAGGAGUCUGAUUUUCUUAAUGUAACUGCCGGGAGUGUUUUUCGAGUUAGGACCGUUUUAUAUAUUUUUAGUAGCGUUUACGUGUUUGGUGGAUUUUAUCUCAGGGAUGUGGAAAAUUUUUAUAAAAUUACCGGUGAAAUUAUUCGUCGUAUGUAUGUGUUAUAAGACUGUAAAAUAAGGUGAUAUCUGCUAGCAGAUGUGAAUAACUGUAAAAUUAGCAGGCGAGAUAUGAAGAUCAUUACAAUAUUACGAGAGUAAGAAAAUCUUUGUGAAGUUGGGUGCAAAGUAAAAUGAGAUCGUGAAGUGGAUGGAGGAAAUCAAAAUGUGUAAUUUCGGGGUUCAAGAAAUUCGUGUGUUCAGUGUGUAAGUGUUAAGUGAUCGGCUGACGUGUUGCGCGAGACAAUACAGUGAUCUGGAGAAACAGUUACCUGGAACCAUGAUGACCGGAUACAGCUAUCCGCACUUCAUCCGCGCCCUGUGGACAGAGCAAGAUAAACGGACCCUCCAGGAUCUGCAGGUGAUCUACUAUGGCCUGCAGGGGAUGGAGGCGCUGUCCCCGUACAGGGACUCUGUCCUCAGGUCCGUCGCCAAGACUGCCCGAUAUGAGCGCCACGAGGCCAACGAUGUGCUGUACUACACUGGUGAACUGUCCACCUGCUGGUACAUCCUGCUUUCCGGAUCAGUGUUCAUUGACGGCUCAAUGUUCCUGCCCAGAUCAAGCUUCGGGAAGCGGACAGGUGGCAGUGCCCGUCGACCCAACGAAUGUUUUGUUCUUGAACCGUCCGAGAUGAUCGUGAUUGACUACCCUGAAGCGCAAGGUGGUCGAGGGGUUGGUGUCAGUGGUGGAGGACGGGGAUCUGUCACAUCAGGCGGCAUGGAUCGUUCAAAUGUUAACCUGGUUUUUGAGGACACGCAGUUUUCACCAGCACUGACAGGACGACCAGAAUUAUACGUGAAAUCAAACCGAUCUUCUCACUCGUCAGACACGAGCUCAGCGUACAGUGGUUCCGACACAAUGGCAAGUGUGCAGAGUUCACUGGAUGCGGACGAGGUUGACCUCUCUGGGCUCAUAGAGUCCAUUGUUGAUUCGGAUGAAGAAGAAGACCUUGCAGAAAGCAUGGAUAGCUUAACAGUACGAGACACAAUUCGAGAAUGUCUGGAGAAAGACCCGUCAGAAAGGACAGAAGAUGAUGUAGAGACAUUGCUAGAAUUCACACAGCACUUGAAGGCAUUUACAAACAUGACGCUGGCUGUUCGGAGAGCGUUGUGUAGCGUGAUGGUGUUUGCGGUGGUGGAGAAGGCAGGCACUGUUGUGAUGAACGAUGGAGAGGAGUUGGACUCGUGGUCAGUGCUAAUCAACGGUCACGUUGAGGUGGAGCACGUGAAUGGUGAGACGGAGCAGCUGCAGGUUGGAGACAGCUUUGGGAUCCUCCCCACUAUGGAUAAACUUUACCAUCGAGGUGUGAUGCGAACGCGCUGCGACGAUUGUCAGUUUGUGUGUAUUACGCAGACAGACUACUAUCGCAUACAGCAUCAGGGCGAAGAGAACAUAAGGAGGCAUGAAGAGGAUGGACGCGUUGUCUUGGUCACAGAACAGAGGGGCUCCCUCGAGGGAGGCGGACGUCGAGGACAUGUUGUCAUCAGGGGGACAGCAGACAGGUUAAUGCUUCAGCUGAUAGAGGAGAACUCAAUUAUUGAUCCAACGUACGUUGAGGACUUCCUUUUAACACACCGCACCUUCAUUAACAGUUCGGUUCAUGUAGCUGACCAGCUGCUGCAGUGGUUCAAUGAGGCAGUUGUGCGUGAUAGGGUGACGAGAGUGGUGUUACUCUGGGUGAACAACCACUUUACAGACUUUGAGACAGAUCCUGUCAUGAUGGAGUUUCUAGAAACGUUCGAGAUGGGUCUGGAACGAGAGAAAAUGCAAGGACAGCUGCGUCUCCUCAACAUCGCUUGUGCAGCAAAGGCCCGAACACGUAAUGUAACGCUUGCAAGGCCGUCACGUGAUGAGGUCCUCCGUUUUUCCAUCCUUGGUGGUUAUGAAAGGGGAUUUGGCAUUUUCAUAUCCAAGGUGGAAAAGAGAUCAAAAGCAGAAGAUGUGGGUCUGAAGCGUGGCGAUCAGAUCUUGGAGGUAAACGGUCAGAGCUUUGAUCACGUAACUCAUCCGAAAGCUCUGGAGGUUCUGCGUGGUACUACUCAUCUCAGCAUUACUGUCAAAUCUAACCUUCUUGCUUUUAAGGAAAUGCUGCAGACACCAGAGAAUUCUCCUCGCAACAGAAUACGCAAGAAUUCUGAAAUCCCAUUACUGCAGUCCGACCCCCGUGCAAGAUUGGACCCAAUGCAUCUAUCAGUGAUGCCAACAAUUUCCAACUGUUCCAACACACCAACCACUCCCUCUGCUACAACCAAAUUGGGGACACCACUUAAUUCAUCUCCUCUCAAAGAGACCAAUGGUGGUUUAGGCGGAAAGAAGGAUGGUCACAAGGGCUCUAUGACACUUGGUCCCAAGCACAGGUUGCGGAGAGCCCUCGAAAAGAUUAACAUUCUUCCUAAGAACACCAUCAAUGAUGGUGUACACACCGAGGACAACUCGUUUACAAACGUGCAGCCGUCACAUCAGACAAUGCUCAUUCACAGUCAUAGUAACCCUGACCUCAUGAGCACAUUCUACGAUGAUUUGCGCUCAUCAGAUUAUCCAGAGCAUGUUCUCAAAGUGUACAAACCAGACCAGUCCUGUAAAUACCUUCUGGUGCAUAAGGAGACAACAGCACAUGAAGUCGUAAUGCUGGCGCUGCAGGAAUUUGGAAUCACAGAUCCUAGUUCACACUUCUCUCUGUGUGAGGUAUCAGUUGCUGAAGGUGGCAUUAUUAAGCAGAGGAGAUUGCCAGACCAGCUCCAGAAUUUGGCCGAGAGGAUUGGACUCAGUAGUCGAUAUUAUCUGAAGACCAAUGGUACAACAGAAACAUUAGUACCAGAUGAAAUGGCACCCGAACUUGUACGAGAGAGUCAAGUGCACUUCCUUCAGCUCAAUGCAGUUGAGGUGGCAAUUCAGCUGACACUUCAGGACUUCAGCAUUUUCCGCCAGAUAGAAAGCACCGAGUACGUGGACGAUCUGUUUGAACUGAAGAGCCGGUAUGGUGUUCCAAUGCUGUCGCAGUUUGCUGAGUUGGUGAAUCGGGAAAUGUUUUGGGUCGUGACGGAGGUUUGUUCCGAGCAUAAUCUAGUCAGGAGAUCAAAGAUCAUCAAACAGUUCAUUAAAGUAGCACGGCAAUGUAAAGAAUGCAAGAACUUCAAUUCGAUGUUUGCGAUCGUUUCGGGUCUUGGUCAUGGUGCAGUGUCUCGGCUGCGAUUAUCUUGGGAGAAGUUACCAAGCAAAUAUCAGCGGUUGUUCAGUGACCUGCAAGAUCUCAUGGAUCCAUCUCGUAACAUGAGCAAGUACCGUCAGCUGGUGAGCUCAGAGCAAUCGCAGCCACCUAUUAUUCCAUUCUAUCCAGUUGUGAAGAAAGAUCUGACAUUCAUUCACCUGGGAAAUGAUUCAAAAAUAGAAGGUCUAAUUAACUUUGAAAAGCUGCGGAUGAUUGCUAAGGAAGUGCGUGCGCUUACCAACAUGUGCUCCUCGCCAUAUGAUCUCCUCACCAUGCUGGGCCUAGCUGGACAACCCCCAUCAAAUGCCAUGGUGGCACUGAAUCAGCUGACCGUGGGUAGUGGAGUUGGAGGACCACAAGGUGCAGCGACUGUUAAGAGACGGAAGAAAUCAACAGCACAGCCAAACCCCAAGAAGAUGUUUGAAGAGGCACAAAUGGUUCGUCGUGUGAAGGCAUACCUGAACAACAUGCGUGUGAUAACAGAUGAAGACAAACUUCACAGCUUGUCACUAGAGUGCGAGCCGUCGGGCAGUGCACCCAACUCAGUUCCCAUGAGGAAACGUCAUCCCUCACCAACGCUCUCCACAACAAGCAGUACCAGUAGUGCUAGUGAGGGGAAGAGGGGAAUUGCUGGCACCAAGUUCGGAGCUGCAUCACCGCAGGCAGUGCGUAAGAUGCUUGCACUUAGUGAGCCCAACAAGACACGGCCCCAUCAACCACGACAUCCUCCCCAACCGCCACUGCCCAUACCAGGGUUAGCCCACUUACCACAUCACCACCCAGCCCUCUCUCCUUCCCCAUCUCCUAGCUCACAUCGUCGUGUGUGCAGUAGUGCAGUGGUACCAGGUGUUACUACCAGGGAGCAUCAUGGGGCAGGUGGCAGGGCACUGCAUGAGCGGUCCCAUUCUGAUACACCGACACUUCCGCUUCCUUCGGUGGAUCUGAGUGCAGAGAGCAGUAGUGUGACGUCGUUGAGCAACCUCCCACUGCGCAAGACCCUGACUUCGGGUUCAGUGACUUCCAGUGACUCCGGUCACUCCACGCAGCUUGACUCGCAUUCCAACAGCUCGGUGGAGGUUGCUGCUGGGCCCAAUCAGGGGGGCUGCUCCCCACCCUCACAGCACAGACGACACUCCGUUAUGCAGGUAGCGCCCUCUCCUCCCAGUUGGCCUUGGCCACACUUUCCGCAUGCAGUGCCAGUGCUGCCACCUAUCCCACCUUAUGGUUGUGUGAUGCCACCUCCAAGGGAUGCACCCCCUCGCCCCCGCCAUCCUCCUGCAUACACAGUAGCAGCACAAGUGGCACAACUUCAGAGGAUAGGAAGGGCACAUUCGCACGAAGGUGUCACUGGUGGAUAUUAUCACACUGACCCUGAAGAAGAUGAUGAUGAAGAUGCACAGGUGUCUGCCGUGUGAACAAAUUCACGUUGUUAUGUUUUCUCAAACUGCCACCUUCAGCAUUCUUGUAAGUGACUCAGUGUUUCGUGUAUUGGCACAAAGUGACGGAAGACAAGCCUUUUGCCUUUCUAAAUGGUGCAAUGAUGAAUGUUUCAGAUUACGUGAAUAUUUUGUGUUCCCUAACCCAUAAUAUUGCAUAUCUGACAGGCAGAUGACUGGUACAGACCAGCUGCAGUGGCGACAUGUCAUUGUGUCAUCAUGGUGAUUUUUUUUAUAAGUGAUAAACAACGUAUAUUUCUGUGUUUAUACAUUCUACAGCUUUACCAGUCAUCAGUCAAGAUAAAAUCAGAUUUUAAAAGAAGUUUUGUAAAUACACUUUUUUCUUUGUUUCUUGUGCAUUGAAACCAAAGAGGGCUAUGUGCAUUUUUAAUUGUAUUAAUAUGGAUUCGUGGACCUUUAUUGUUAUUAGCCCAUUUAGUUUUUUAAGAAACCAGUCUGAAAUGACGUGAAAUGUCCCACAUUUCAAUGUCCUGCUCUUCUGGAAAAUUGAUUUUAGUUUCAACACCAACCGUUACAUACGAUUUUCAUUGCCAAACAGGACCAGUCUCAUUGUUAGUAAAGUUUGUUUUUAGCAUUCCCUGUUACCGCAUGUUGCAGAAUGUUUGUAUUAUUGGGAAGAAUCUCUUAAAUAUUGAAAUUAAAUAGUCACAUAAAAAUUAGCCAAGUUUGUGAUGUUCCAUAAAAAAAUUGAGAAAGAAUCUGUAGGAUCUGAUAUUAUGGCAUGUUUAAGUAUUACUUUGCCUCUAUUUAGAUGAGGCAGUUCCCUGUGGUAGUAAUAAUGAAGACUGCAUCUCCGUCAAACUUACUGCAUGCCAUUUCUCAGUUGUACAGUUGAACACGAUCUACUGUACUGACUUCUGUUCCAACGUGAUAAGUUCCAAGAAUACAUUAAUACAGUUUAAUAAAGAAUUUCUUAUACAAGUA